AUGCGGCAGACACUCUCCCAGAGGCCUGAGAACAGGCAGGAGAUUAGACCAAAGCAGACAACGGAAGGCAGGAUAAUCCAGACGGCGAAGCAAAAGUCAGUGUCGAGGAUGAGCUCAGGAGUCCGGGCCAGGAGAUCAAAGAUCCUAAGAGGUAUAGAGAAAUCCAGGACGGUAUCAGGAAUCCAGGUGAAGCAUAGGCAUUUAACCAAAACGACUCCCCUCAGGUUUAUUUGUUUAGUGACAUAUCUGAUCUUGGAAACCGUAGCUUACUUGGAUGUUCAAGGACCAUCGCCAUCUUUGCAUUUUAAAGCAGUUAACAUUGGCUUGAACAUCACUUUAAAGUGUCUCUAUAAAGAAUCUGAUGGAGUUAUUUUCUACUGGUAUAAGCAAACUCUUGGGCAGAAACCAAAGCUUAUUUCAGAGUUUUAUAAGUAUAAGAGAAAUAGCUCACUUAAAGGUGAAUUUUGGAAAGAUCCACGAUUUGACCUGGAAACUGGCACGGAUAAAAAUAACUUGAAAAUCUUGAAUGUACAAAUGUCAGACUCUGCUACUUACUACUGUACAGGAAUUCAUUCGUAUGAGUAUAAAUUUCUAGAGGGCAUUAUACUUCAUUUCAAUACAUCUGUCAUGGUGUAUGUCUUAAGUGGAACUUUAGCCUUCGUCACCAUGCUGGCAUUUUUUCUGGCAAUUAUACUUUACAAGAAAUCUUGCAAAGAGCCUCCACAGAGAUCUUCACCAGCCUCCUCUCUACAGGCAAACGUUUACGAGCAUGCAGAUGAUCUCCAUUAUGCUGCUUUAAGCCUUAGUGGGGCCAGGGGCUCAAGAAGGUAGAGGGACAACCCUAAUGUAAUUGUGUAAUCUGGUGUGAGGCUUUAAAGCUACAUUUGUAUCAGUUUUCCUGUUGGCAUUAGAACUUAAAUAGAUAAUAUCUCCUUCUGAUUAGUUUGAAAUGUGAAUAUUCCAACUUAUUCAGCUGUAUUUAAUCUUUGUCAUUUUAAUAUCACCAAAUGUUUCAAAGUAGCUUUAUUUCCACUUUUUUGUAUUCUUUUAUAAAGAU